AUGGAAUCUGAAUGGUUUUUGUUGUUGGGUGCCACUUUGUUGGCAUGGUACAUUUUUGCUAAGAAAGUAGUGAGAAAUAUGAAUGAGUGGUAUUAUGAUAAUAAAUUGAGAAAGAAAGAAUACCCACUACCACCUGGUGACAUGGGAUGGCCUAUUAUUGGAAACCUAUGGACCUUUUACAAAUAUUUCUCAUCUGGUCAACCUGAUACAUUCAUCAACAAUAUUGUCAACAAAAAUGGACGAGGUGGUAUCUACAAGACACACUUAUUUUGGAAACCAGGCGUUAUCAUCACAACACCUUCAAUAUGCAAAAAAAUAUUGGCAGAUGAUGAUGUGAACUUUACGCUUGGUUAUCCAAAAUCCUUGGCUAAACUAACACACAUUCGAAAAAAAAAAAUCAAACAUAGGAAUUUUAAACGACUAAUCAUGGCUCCUAUGGUUGGUCACAAUGCAUUAGCAAUGUACCUAGAUUGUAUUGAGGAUAUUGUGAUUGAUAAAUUAGAGGAAUUGUCCAGCAUGAAACACCCUAUUGAGCUCCUUAAUGAGACAAGGAAUAUUACUUUUAAAGUUAUCAUUCACAUUUUCAUGGGCCCUUUUGAUCAAGCUAUCUUUAAAAAAUGUGGAGAUUUAUUUAGUAUUAUGUCUACUGGCCUUUACUCUAUAGUUCCCAUAAAUGCACCUUUUUUUCCAUUCAGAAAAGCACUUCAGGCGCGUAUGAAAUUAAACAAAGUAGUUGAAUCUAUUAUUGAGGAAAGGAGAAAGAUGAUAGAAAAUGGAAAAAUUCGGGAAAAGAAAUAUUUUGUAGAUAUUCUUUUGGAAAUGGAUGACGACAUGGGUCAAAAAUUGGAGGAUGGGGUAAUUAUUGACUCACUGGUCAUGCUUCUAUUUGGUGGUCAUGAAACAUCUGCAACUACUAUGAUGUUGUCAAUUACAUAUCUUACACAAAAUCCACUUUGUUUGAAGAAAGCCAAGGAAGAGCAAGAAGAAAUCAUAAAAGCACGACCCUCCUCACAAAAAGGACUAAGUAUUACGGAAAUAAAAAAAAUGGUUUAUCUUUCUCAGAUUAUAGACGAAACACUACGUCUUGGAAGUAAUCUCUUUUCAAUUUUUAGACAGACAAUAAAGGAUGUCAACAUCAACGGUUAUUGCAUACCAAAAGGAUGGAAAGUGAUGGUUUGGACGAGAGCUAUUAGUAUGGAUCCUCAGUAUUAUUCAAAUCCAGAACUAUUUAAUCCAUCAAGAUGGGAUGAUUAUAAUCCUACAACAGGAACCUUUAUUCCUUUCGGAGCAGGACCACGACUAUGUCCAGGAAAUGACCUAGCCAGAUUCACAAUAACCAUAUUUCUACAUUAUUUCGUUCUUAAUUACAAGUUGGAGCGAAUAAAUUCGGAAUGUCCUUUUACUAAUUUACCCAUUCCUAAGCCAAUAGACAAUUGUCUCGCUAAUGUCGUAAAGCUUGGUUCUUAACUCGUCAUUAAGCAAAAUCAAAAUAAAUAUUUGCUCAUAAAGCAGUAUAAUUAUUGAUUAACCAUUUUUUUUCCCCACAGCGUCAAUUAAGCAUGUUAGCAAUGUAACGGGUACUCAUGUAUCCGUCUAUAUAUCCGUUGUUUAUUUUACAAUAUAAUGUUUUAUUUUAAUUGUUUGUUUCAGUGUAAAAA